AUGGUGAUCACGAAGCGGACCCGACCGCCAACGGCUUUCGGGAGAGCAGCAGCGGCCAUCUUCGUGGCUGGUGCUAGCACGGCGAGGGUCGCGCUGGGAGCCACGCUCGACAUUUCGAGUCCCGCGAGCACGUCUUCGUACCACGCCGGCGACGCCGUACCGGUGGAGUGGAUCUACGAGGGUACCGGCGAGAACUUCGCCAUCCACCUCCUCAAGGGGGACGAGGAGGUGGCCGACCUCUGCUUCGCGGAGGAGAACGGCGUCUGCUUCGACCUUACCCAGGAGCAGACCGUCAUCCUGCCGGACACCGACCUGGAGUCUGGGUCCGACUACACUGUGCGCGUUCGAGACCAGUCCUCCGACCUCGAGGACACCUCGGAAACGUUCACCAUCAUCGGAACGUCGACAUCGAACGUCGAGAUCACGUCGCCUGACGGGUACACCACGCUAAACGCCGGAGGCGACCUCUCGGUGUCGUGGCUGUACGUGGGCGAGAACACGGAGUUCGAUAUCUACCUGCGCCAGGACGGCGAGCGCGUGAGCAACAACCUCUGCGCCGACCAGGAGGGCGGCUCGUGCACGGCGACGAUCCCGGUGGCCUCGGCCACGAUCACGCUGCCCGAGGAGAUCGAGAACGGCGCCGACUACAGGCUGCUGGUGGUGGACAAGGUAAACGACGACGCGUGGGGAUUGUCCGUCGAGCUGCCCGUGGGCGUAGCUGCUGCUUCCGUCGACACCGGCUCCGACUCGUCCGCAGCGACCAAGCUGGCCUUGGUGAUUGGCCUCAGCGCCGGAGGCGUCUGCCUGCUGGCCGUGCUCCUGGCCGGCUUCCGCACGAAAAACAAGAACCGCCGUCGCGAGGAGAAGCUCGCUACCCUCGACAUGCUCAACAAGAGGAGGCCUGCGCCCUCCGUCUCCCUCGCGGUGGAGGGGAUGGCGGAACCCGACAGUCCCGACCAGACGAGCGGUGGGGUGUCGGGUUGGUUGGGACGUUUCAUGCCGCAGAGGUUGAAGUCGAAGUCGGGUGGUGUGGGAAGCGAUUCCGGCGAUUCCGGCGCCAUCACCCCCAACGAAGAUCGCGGCCGGCCGGGAAACCAUAUCGUGUAAGCAGCAAUUGAACC